AUGGUCGCGGCUGAGGACCCGGAAUCAUUCUUCACCACCGCGCCGCCGCUGCGCGACGCCGACGCCGUCGCCGCCAGGCUUCAAGAGUUCAUCGCUCGCAACUCCAACAGCGCAGGUAGGGGCGGCGGCGGGCGGCCUAUCGUGUGCGUGACAUCGGGCGGUACGACGGUGCCUCUGGAGCAGCGGUGCGUGCGGUACAUCGACAACUUCAGCUCCGGCCACCGCGGGGCCGCCUCAACCGAGUAUUUCUUGAAGGCUGGUUAUGCUGUUAUCUUCGUCCAUAGACGUGGGAGUUGCCAGCCUUACUGUAGGUUCAUGCCUGACGAUUCAUUCCUCAAGUUCUUAGAUGUCAAUGAAGAAUCAAAGGUUCAAGUGGCCAGGUCCCAUGAAACAGUGGUAAAGAAAUCAAUUGGAGACUAUUCCAAGGCUAUGGAAUGCGGCUCUCUGCUGAAACUCCCAUUCACGACAAUAUUUGAAUACCUUCAGUUACUGAGGAUGGUGGCUACAUCCGUGAGCUCUAUCGGGCUACGCGGGAUGUUCUAUCUUGCUGCAGCAGUCUCUGACUUCUAUGUUCCUUGGGACAGCAUGGCAAAACAUAAGAUUCAGUCAGCCGGAGGCCCUCUAGAGAUGAGGCUCAGUCAGGUUCCCAAAAUGCUUUCUGUAUUGCGGAACCAAUGGGCUCCCUUGGCAUUCUGUAUAUCUUUCAAGCUGGAGACAGAUUCAGACAUUCUUCUCCAGAAAGCAGAUAUGGCUCUGAGCAAGUACAAGAUGAACAUUGUUGUGGCCAAUUUGCUAGCAACAUACAAAGAAGAAGUCAUUAUUGUCACAAAUGGAGAAAAGAACACCAUCCGAAGGUGCAAUCCUGAUGAAGAUUUGGAAGAGCAUAUAAUCAUACUCCUAACACAGAAGCACUCAAAGUAUAUUUAUGGAUCACAAAUGGGUGCGACCAGGGUCCAGACUGAACUAUGA